CUCUCUGAGCUGCCGCCUCCUCAUUAUGUAGGAGGUUAAGUAGGAUAAUAUGUAAAGUGACGAGUACAGACAUUGGCAUAUACCAGGUGUAUAUAAAUAUGGAUUACGGCUGCUGAUGGUGAAGCUACCUUCCUGAAGAUAAGUGAGGAAAAAAUUAAUUUUCUUCCUUGUGUCUCAGAGUUUCCUUCAAUUCUGUGUGUGUGUGUGUGUGUGUGUGUGUGUGUGCAUGCGUGUGUCUUCCAGUUCCAAGGAGGGUUUUGGGUCGGUGGAGAAGGUCGUGCUGCUCACGUUUCUCUCGGCGGUUAUCCUGAUGGCCAUCCUGGGGAACCUGCUGGUGAUGGUGGCUGUGUGCAGGGACAGGCAGCUCAGGAAGAUAAAGACCAAUUAUUUCAUCGUAUCCCUCGCCUUUGCGGAUCUGCUGGUCUCGGUGCUGGUGAUGCCCUUUGGUGCCAUCGAGCUGGUUCAGGACAUCUGGAUUUAUGGGGAGAUGUUUUGCCUGGUCCGGACAUCGCUAGACGUCCUGCUCACGACGGCGUCGAUUUUUCACCUGUGCUGCAUUUCUCUGGACAGGUAUUAUGCCAUCUGCUGCCAGCCUCUGGUCUAUAGGAACAAGAUGACCCCUCUGCGCAUUGCGUUAAUGCUGGGAGGCUGCUGGGUCAUCCCCACGUUUAUCUCUUUUCUCCCUAUAAUGCAAGGCUGGAAUAAUAUUGGCAUAAUUGAUCUGAUAGAAAAAAGGAAGUUCAACCAGAACUCUAACUCUACAUAUUGUAUCUUCAUGGUCAACAAGCCCUAUGCCAUCACCUGCUCUGUGGUGGCCUUCUACAUCCCGUUUCUCCUCAUGGUGCUGGCCUAUUAUCGCAUCUAUGUCACAGCGAAGGAACAUGCCCACCAGAUCCAGAUGUUACAACGGGCAGGGGCCCCCUCAGAGGGCAGGCCCCAGCCGGCCGACCAGCACAGCACUCAUCGCAUGAGGACAGAGACCAAAGCCGCCAAGACCCUGUGCAUCAUCAUGGGUUGUUUCUGCCUCUGCUGGGCUCCAUUCUUUGUCACCAAUAUUGUGGAUCCAUUCAUAGACUACACUGUUCCCGGGCAGGUGUGGACCGCUUUCCUCUGGCUCGGCUACAUCAAUUCUGGGUUGAACCCCUUUCUCUACGCCUUCUUGAAUAAGUCUUUUAGACGUGCCUUCCUCAUCAUCCUCUGCUGUGAUGAUGAGCGCUACCGAAGACCCUCCAUUCUGGGCCAGGCUGUGCCCUGUUCAACCACAACCAUUAAUGGAUCCACACAUGUGCUAAGGUACACAGUUCUGCACAGUGGACACCACCAGGAACUUGAGAAAUUGCCCAUACACAAUGACCCAGAAUCCUUGGAAUCAUGCUUCUGAUUGAGAACGUGGCUCAUGACUAAGCCAUUCAUUCCCAUUCGUGUCUGCAUGAACAGGACACCCUGGCAUCUCUCCUGACCCUCAUCACCACCAGUGAGGCACGAAGCAGUAGGGCUGAGGGCCCAGGGAAGGUACAUGGAGCACAGUGUUGGACAGGCCCCAAAG